AUGUCAAAUGAAACAGCGUCUAUGAGAGAAAUACAACACAACCGACAACUCAUUGUGCAAGCUCUAAAUAAGAACACAACAAACUUUUCAAACUAUUCUAAGAUAUCUGAGUCAUUGAAAGAAGGAAACUUAAAACUGACAUUAAACCCUUUAACAGAUGAGUUUCUGUUUCAAGACAAUAAGAACCAUACUGUCUGUAUAAAUCCAACAAAAGGAACUUUAAACGAGAAACCUAUAAAUGAACUUCUUUUGAAAGCAGAUGUUGACAACAAAGCUGACAAAGAAUAUGUAGACGAUGCAAUAGCAAAAGAAGAAGAAAGAGCUAACAAUGCUUAUGCAACAAAAGAACAUACUCAUCCUGAACUAGCAGACAAAACAUAUGUUGACAAUAAAAUGUCAAGUGAAGUGACAAGAGCUGAAAACGAAUAUUCUAAAAAGACUCAUACACAUUCUAUAUCUGAAAUAACAGACUUAAACGUUAGCCUUGAAAAGAAAGCGGAUGAGGAAUAUGUGGCUAGUAAGUUAGAGAAGAAAGCGGAUAAGGAAUAUGUGGAUGAAAAAGAUAAUGAAAUUAUAGAAAGGGCUGAAUGGUAUCAUGAAUGGACAUCGAAGAUUUUAAAAACUAAAGCUGAUACAGGAUGGGUUUCAGGAUGUUUAGACCUUAAAGCAGAUAAAACUUAUGUUAACGAUGAGUUAGAGAAGAAAGCAAAUAAGACUCAUACACAUACAAGUUUUACAACUUUUACAGCAGACGACAUAAUAUUGAACUUUGACCUUGGUUCAAGUGCACCAUUAGAAAAUCCGAGUACAAGCGUAAAAGAUACACUAAACAGUUUAGAUAACAGUUGCAGGAACAUUGAAAGUCAUGCCAGAAACUUUGAAGCACAUGAACUACCCGCAAUGUUAGAUAAGAAAGCAGACAAAACAGAGCUUCAAACAUUAAAGACAGAAAUACUUCAAACAUUAUAUCCUAUAGGCUCUAUUUAUACGUCAAUGAACUCAACAAAUCCAGAAACAGUUCUGGGUUUUGGAACUUGGACUCAAAUAGUCGACAGGUUUUUGUAUUGUGCAAACUCUUCAAAGGAAACAGGUGGAAGUAAAACGAUUUCAGGUGCAAAUUUACCUGCACACAGUCACUACAUAGAUUUAAGUACAUCUCAAGCAGGUUGGCAUAGUCAUAGAUAUAUUGGUUGGUCAGGAAUGACAAAAGGUAAAGGAUAUGAUGUUAAAGACGACGUUAAGUUUGCUAUAAAUGGUUACUGGAGUGACACUCAGGGAGAUGGAAACCAUACACAUUUCGUUUCAGGAUAUACACAAACAACGGGACAAAGUAAAGACUACAUGCCACCUUACAUGACAGUUUACGCAUGGUAUAGAAAUGCUUAG